AGGUGGAGACAGGUCUGUCCACGGGGGGAGAAGCUCUGGGUAGUAAGGAAACUACCAGUGUGUCUCCUGGCAGCCAGAGGUAAGAGAUUUGGGCUGGGACUAGUGGUGUGAAAUGAAUGUGUAGGGCAGGGGAAUGAGAUUUCUCAUCAUCCCAGUUCAAUUUCCGAACUACAGUCACUCUGAGUCUCCUCUCAGGAACAUUUUUCUCUGUGUGUACCGUUCAGUUUUGACAAAAAGGUACAUUUUGUUGCAGGUGCAUUUUGGCUGGAAAGCUUGGAUGAGCUCUGGAAAGUGUCUCUGUUACUUAACCAGACAGAAAAAGUAGGAUGGUUUCAUUCUGCAGAUGGGAGCCCCUGUGAUGUGCAUGUUUGGUGCAAGCCAGCAAUGUAAUUUACAAUUUUGUAGUGUUGAAGGAAAAAAUAUUUUGCAAAUUACCUCCCUUAUUCACAUGCUGCAUUCCUAAAAGUAUCACUCGGAAUAUCUCAACAUUUUCAAAAUAGUUUUUGCUUAAGUAGAAGUGCCACUAAGAAACACAGACUUCCUGAAGGAGUUUUAGUUUCAGUGAAAUAAUAUUGUCUGAUUUUAACCCAUUCUGCUGUCAUGUUUCAAAACAAGAGGUAUGUUAGGAAGGAGCAAAGGGGUCUCUGUAGUUCUGCCCCUGAUAUGGGAACCUGUGCCAGCAUGAAUGUAUUUAAACCAUAGGCUCAAGAUUGUGGUUAAUCAGGUAAAUGACAACAAAUAAAUCAACCAGAACUAUGGGAAAGUGCUUUUCUGUUUGGUUUGUCUGAGGUUAUUUUCCUUUAUUUAUUUAUUUAUCUAUCUGUCCGUGCAAUCUGCAUGAGGCCUGGAGCUAAGCAAAGCAAAUUGUGUACAUGACUGCAGCCCUUCCUGACCGCCUGCUCUCCUGCCUUAGCUCUCCUGGUGCCAUGGAGGACACGUCCAGCCAGAAGUCCGGACCAAGCAAAGACACACUGGGCUCCCCAGUGCCACAGGAGACUCCUGCCCAUUUCAUCCACGUCAAGUUGGAGGAGUAUGAGCCCACAGACUUCAGCACCAAGGAACUCAUCCUAAAGAAAGCCAGAGAGGUCUGCACAUGCAGUCAUCAAACCAUCAUCACCUUCCUGUGCCGGUUGUUCCCAGUGCUGGACUGGCUCCCCCGUUACAACAUCAAGACACAGUUGCUUGGGGACGUCAUAUCUGGGCUCCUGGUGGGGAUAGUCAGCAUCCCUCAGUCCGUCUCCUACUCCCUCUUAGCCAACCAGGAUCCCAUCUACGGGCUCUACACCAACUUCUUCUGCAGCAUCAUCUACUUCGCCAUGGCCACUUCGCGGCACAACUACGUGGGCUCCUUCGGGGUGCUGUGCCUGAUGGUGGGGCAGAGCGUGAACCGGCACCUGCGGCUGGCGGGGUACGGCGACGACAGCUCCGACAGCUCCCCACUGCCGGGCAACGCCACCUCCGCCGGCAACGGGACGGGAGCCUGCGACAGGAGCUGCUACGCCAUCACCGUGGCCCUUUCCUUAAGCUUUCUGGUUGGCAUUUACCAGAUCCUGCUGGGGGUUUUACAGCUGGGAUUUGUGGCUGUCUACCUGUCAGAACCUCUCCUUGGUGGCUUUGUGACCGGCUCCAGCCUCACCAUUAUCACCUCCCAGAUGAAGUAUCUCCUGGGACUGAAAAUCCCUCGUCACGAAGGGGUGGGAUCAUUCAUCCUGACCUGGGUUGACCUUUUCAGAUACAUUCAGAACACCAACAUCUGUGACCUGGUCACCAGCCUGGUUGCUUUGGCCAUCAUAGUGCCUGUCAAGGAGAUCAAUGACCGGUACAAGGAGAAGAUGAAGGCCCCGUUCCCCAUAGAGCUGCUGGUGGUCAUUGUAGCCACAGUCAUAUCUCACUACUUCAACUUUGAAACGCGAUACAAUUCUGAUGUUUGUGGGGAUAUCCCCACUGGUUUCAGGAAACCCACUCUACCAGAUAUAAGCCUGUUUCCCAGCCUGGCAAUUGAUGCUCUGCCCAUUGCUGUUAUUGGCUUUGCCAUGACCAUCUCCCUGGCAGAAAUCUUUGGCAAAAAGCAUGGCUACACUGUCCGUGCCAACCAGGAGAUGAUUGCCAUUGGCAUGUGCAACCUGAUCCCUUCCUUCUUCUACUGCUUCGCCAGCUCUGCAGCCCUGACCAAGACUCUGCUGAAGGAGUCCACGGGGACCCAGACCCAGGUCUCUGGCCUGGUCACCUCCCUGGUGCUGCUGCUGGUGCUGCUGUGGAUUGCCCCACUCUUCUACUCGCUGCAGACCUCCAUCCUGGGGGUGGUCACCAUCGUCAACCUGCGGGGGGGCCUGAGGAAAUUCCGUGACACCCCCCAGAUGUGGCGGCUCAGCAGGCUGGACACGGUGGUGUGGUGGGUGACCAUGCUGAGCUCCACCCUGAUCAGCACAGAGAUCGGGCUCCUCGUGGGCGUCUGCUUCGCUCUGCUCUGCAUCAUCUUCCGCACGCAGAGACCCAGGGCCGCGCUCCUGGGCAAGGUCAGCAACACGGAGAUCUACGAGGACCAGUCCACUUACAAGCAGCUCAGCAGCAUCGCCAACAUCAAAAUCUUCCGCUUCGAGUCGUCCCUCUACUACGCCAACAAAGACUAUUUCAAGACUGUUCUGUACCAGAGAACUGGGGUAAAUCCUGUUCUGCUGGCUGCUAAACACCCAAGGGUGCGGGCCCGGGCAAACACAGAGGCAGGCAACAGCAAGAGCUUUUUGGGCACUGGGUUUGACUGCCUGAAACAGGCCAAGAAAAGGGCUGAGAAACCUCCAGCAGAUGCCUGUCCUCCCUCCAUAGAUAUGCACACCUUAAUCCUUGACUGUGGGGCAAUGCAGUUCAUAGAUACUGUGGGUCUCUCUGUGCUAAAGGAGACAUAUCAUGACUAUAAGAAGAUUGGUGUCCAGGUGCUCCUGGCCAACUGCAACCCCUCCAUCCGCCACCGGCUCCGGGAGGGAGGCUGGGCUGGCGAGACAGGCAGUGAGGGUCAGCUGGCUUUCCACAGCGUCCAUGAUGCAGUGCAGUUUGCUGAGCGGUGGUACCAUGUGCACCAGGAGGAAAGCAAGGAGAAACAGGAUGCUCUCCUGGACCCCGAAGACCUGAACUUCCAGGUGUCUUUGUAGACCUGUGUGUGGGGAAUGAUUUCUGACGGGGAAGGGCUUGGUACGUACUCGAGAGCAGUUUCAGUGUUCGUGAAGUCAGAGCGCGCAGGAGAGACUGGUGAUGAUCUGCCAGCAGCGGCAUGGGGCAGAAGGAUGGGGGGAGAGAUUUGAGGAGAGAUUGGCAACAGGUAAAUCGUCCGGGAGGCGUUUUUUGGGGUCCGUCGUGCCGGUGAGAGCCGGGGCGGCGCUUGAGGCGCUCCCGCCCUGCACUGCCCCGCGGGGGCGCGGGGGGGCGCGAGUGAGACGCGCUCGCGGCCGUCUCCUGCAACCCCGGCGGGCUCGGGGAAUCCGGGAUGGUUUGGGGGGGACAGAGCUAAAGGUCAUCCCCUUCCAGCCCCCUGCCAUGGGCAGCGACACCUUCCACUAGACCAGGUUGCUCCAAGCCCCGUCCAA